GUUCUCUGAGAGGACUUAAAAACUGGCAUUCUGCCCGAGGCUUGCACUUAAGCCCAUACAAUGCUAAAACCCCCGCGCGUUUAGCAGCAACCCGAGGCCAUCACGCUCGCCUACAAGAGGACUUCGCCACCGCUGUGCCCCUCUCCUCCCCCAUCUCCUCUCAUUCCAUCCCUUUCCUCUCCCCCCUCUCGCCAUGGCGGAACCGGUGAGGCUUCGCCUAGAGUUCGAGGACCGCCAUCUCCUGACCAAGUCCCAGCGGUCGGAGGGGCUGAGGCGAUGCUGGGCCUUCCUGAGGCCCGAUCUCGCCACCAUCGGCGACCUCGCCGACCACCUCGCCGACUGCUUCGCCCUGCAGAGAUCUUGCCCCCAUGGCCUUGUCCUCUCUAUGGAUGAAUUUGUUCUGCCGUCAUUUGAGUCAACUUGCAUUUUCAAAGACAAAGAUGUCAUCAGGGUGAAAAGGAGGUGUGGUAAACAGAAGCAGGUUAUUGAGAUACAUGAUGCAUAUUGCACUAAAGAUUCUGAGAUUAUGGACAAGCAGCCAAUACUUUCAAAUAAUAAGCUUCUGACAAUUAAAGAUUCUCAAGACAAUUCAGGUGGAUACAGAAGCAAAAAUGAGAAGGACAGGUGUGCUCUUGAAGAGAAUGUGAUCCUUAAGCAGACUCCAUCAAGUGAGGGUACAAAUUCAAAUAAAAAAAGAAAGCAGUCAGAUAAACCUCAGAACUCAAAGAGAAAGAAAAUAAAAGUGACCAGCCCUGAAAUGCCAAUUACUACCACUGCACAAGAUGAGCAUGUCCAAGCAGAGCAGAAUCAAAGCUCUUCUCGUAAGAAAAAUCAUCAGGAGAGUUUAGAUAGGACAGCUAAGUCAUCUAAUGGAGAUGGCAGUUCUGGUACGCCGAUUGCCCCUCAAAAUGAUGUUUGUGUCCGGAAGAAAACUAGUUCUGUAUCAACAGAAAAGAGGCAUGAUCCACUUGAGGGGAAUCACCAAAUGAAAACAUGCACAUAUGCUGAUAGCAGCACAAGAAAGUUUCCGAGCAGAAGUGCUCGUCGUAAGAAGGCCAAAAAACAGUGGCAACGGAAGAUGCGACAAAUGGCUAACCACCAAAGGGAAAAGGAUUUGCAGAGCCAGGAGCCAGCAAAUGAGAUAGAUCGUACAUCAGCAAAACAUCAGGCAGUGGAUGAGAUCACUGAAGCGGAUGAUGAAGUUGUUCCUAUUGUAGUUCGACCUGGUCACAUUCGUUUUGAGCCUUUAGAUGCAACACAGAGCAAAUUGCAAUCAAAUGGACCAGUGGAAACUCUGCAGUGGAAUGGAACUACCAGCAAGAAGAAGGGGCAGAAGUGGGGCAGGGAGAAGACCUUAAGCAGGAAGAAUGAGGAUGAUUCUUGUACUGGAGCGUCUAAUGGAAAAACUGUUGCUGAAGAAGGGAAGCAUGUAGAUGGCCAUAUAGAUUUUGAGAGCCUUUAUCCUUUAACACGCCGUCCUGAGGAAGGUGAUGUGCUUGUGUAUCGUUUAGUUGAGUUGUCAUCAUCAUGGUGCCCUGAGCUUUCUCCUUUCCGAGUUGGAAAAGUUUCAUUGUAUGACUCCAUAUCGAAGAAAAUUGUUCUUGUACCUGUCCCAGAAUACCCGCUUUUUUCCAAUGAAAAGAAUGACCCAGAUGAAUUGUCACAGCAACCAGACAUUUCACAUUACAAAGAAGAUGGCUCUUUGGAGAUCGAAUAUCCAUCACUCCUUGAUGUUCGUUUAUUGAAGCCAAAUGAGUCAGAAACAGAAGAUGUACAUACUCUUCAAGGUGAAAGGACCAUGGCAGCAGCACUAUUAAACAAUUGGGAAGCUUCCUUUGCUAGAAGUAAUGCCACAAAGACAGUUACCCCUCCAGAAAGAAAACCUAAUAUGGGCUGGGAGCAAAUUGAACAGGCAUUAACUGAGAAGAAGGCUGAGCUUCAGCAAAACAAUGGUUGGGGGAGUUGGACCUCAAAUGAAAACACCAGCACCACCUCAUGGUCAUACAGAGCAUUGAGGGGAAGUGCCCUAGGGCCAACUCUCGCAUUAUUAAGAGGAAAAGAGGCCAAGUAUGCGAGCACAAGAAAUGGUACGCAUGCUAGUUCAAACCGGAAGUAUGCAGAUUCAAAUGGGAAGUACGCUAAUUCUAAGGGCUAGUAUUCCAGUUCGGCAAGGGGAAAGUACGGUGGCUCAACAAAAAAAUGGUAAGCAUGAGAGGUUUUAUGUGGUAAGUUGUGCAAGUAUGCUAAUACCAAGAUAUUUUGUUAGGUUUCGGACUCAGAGAAUAUUUUGAUGUUUUGUGCAAUGAUUAGAUCCUUGUAAUUAACCCCGUGUCCAACGUGGCAAUUUACAAAGUGCCGGCUUGCUUCUCAGCUCUUUCUUUAUUAUCUUCUAUGUUUCACAAGGAGGAUUUGAUUUGUGUUCAAUCCUAAUAUCUGUAUGUGGAUUGACGGUGGUCAGACUAAUCAAAGGGGAUGCCUUGUGGAUCCUCGAGAGAGAUUGGAUUCUCUAUAA